CACAGCCCAUUCAACGGGGCGCCGCCGCCGCCGCCGCCGCCGCGCCCAGGCAGCAGCGCGGCCAGGGGAGGGCGGAGACGCAGAGGUGGCCGAAUGCCGCGGGGGGCAGGUCAGCGAUCCAGGCCGGGCAGGGAGGAGGACGGUCAGGGCCGCCCCCAAGGCCCCAGACGCCGGCCCUGGGCCGAGGGGAUCUCCAUGGUGGCCGGGCCUCAGGCUGGACCCCUCCUUCCUGCGGGCUGCGACAGGCGCGUGCCCGAGCUACGGGUCGCCGGCGAAGUCCCAAGAGGGCCGCGCGCGCCCUGGAUGGCGAAUGAUGGCCGCGCUUCACCCGACCCAGCCCGCCGGGCCUAGGGCCUGAAACUGCUUCUGCCUCCGCCUCCGCUCUGCGUCCUCCCCAGCUGGAGGAAACCUGCAGGCCCUCGCCCACUGGAGCUCAGAAGAGCCAGACGCUGCCGAUAGCUUCAGAGGUCCACGCCUGGGGAGGCCCCCAGAGAGAGGCGGAACGCUGCGGCCACAGCAACCCCCGGGCUCUGGACGGGGAGGAAGGCGGGCCUCUGCAGGCAAGGCUGCGACGGGGAGGGUGCGAGCGGGGGACGGUUAAGUGGGGUGUCUCUUCCAAAGCAGACCGGCCGGCGAACCAGGCCCGAUGAAGAAAGGUUCUGCUGCGCGACGGCGGCCCAUCCCCAGUUCGCCUCGGGAUGUCCUCAUUGCCCUUGAUGUCUGGAGCUUCCAACUCGCCCCCACUAGGCCCUGGGGGUCCCUAGCCAGGGAGUGGGACAGAGUGAAGGCGCUGAACCGUUACUGCCGUUCACAGAUUUUAGGAGAACUCUUGGCUACUGCCAACUCCUCAAAAGAAGACCAGAAAAACCUGUUGAUCAAGCAAAGCACAGCUCCGUCAAGGCUGAUGAGGCUGCCAGCACGGCUCCCUUCCACCUUGAUCUCUGGUUCUACUUCACCCUGCAGAACUGGGUACUAGACUUUGGCCGCCCCAUUGCCAUGCUGGUGUUUCCUCUCGAGUGGUUUCCGCUCAACAAGCCCAGCGUGGGGGACUACUUCCACAUGGCCUACAACAUCAUCACGCCCUUUCUCCUGCUCAAGCUCAUCGAGCGGUCCCCACGCACCCUGCCGCGCUCCAUGAUCUAUGUCAGCAUCAUCACCUUCAUCAUGGGCGCCAGCAUCCACCUGGUGGGUGACUCUGUAAACCACCGCCUGAUCUUCAGCGGCUACCAGAACCACCUGUCAGUCCGUGAGAACCCCAUCAUCAAGAAUCUCAAGCCGGAGACGCUGAUCGACUCCUUUGAGCUGCUCUACUACUACGACGAGUACCUGGGCCACUCCAUGUGGUACAUCCCCUUCUUCCUCAUCCUCUUCAUGUACUUCAGCGGCUGCUUCACUCCCACCAAAGCUGAGAGCUCAAUGCCAGGGGCAGCCCUGCUCCUGGUGGUGCCCAGUGGCCUGUACUACUGCUCUCUCUUCCCGUUCCAGAGGAUCCAGGCCUCAGCCGGGCUCCUACCCCUCCUCUGUCGCUUCCGCUCUGGAGAAAGGCUCCCCUGGGGAUGGUACCUGGUGACUGAGGGCCAGAUCUUCAUCCUCUUCAUCUUCACCUUCUUCGCCAUGCUGGCCCUUGUCCUGCACCAGAAGCGCAAGCGCCUCUUCCUGGACAGCAACGGCCUCUUCCUCUUCUCCUCCUUUGCCCUCACCCUCCUGCUCGUGGCGCUCUGGGUCGCCUGGCUAUGGAAUGACCCCGUACUCAGGAAGAAGUACCCCGGCGUCAUCUACGUCCCUGAGCCCUGGGCCUUCUACACCCUCCACGUCAGCAGCCGACACUGAGUCCAGGGCACUGGCCACUGGUGCUCUGCCGGGUGGGAGAUGGGCCAUUGAGGGCAUCUGAGCAUAGGGAGUGUGUGUGUGUGUGUGUCCACCCACGUGUGUGCAACCCAUGGCUUAGAGCAUGGGUGAGAGUAUGCAUCGUGCGUGUGGUUAGUUGUGUGUGUGUAUGUUUGUGUGCACAUGCACACACAUGCAGAGUGCAUCACUGUGAGACUGAAUUGUUUUGGUCAAGUUUCCAUUCGGUUUGCCUCUUCAGGAUGGGAUGUAGUUUGAGGCAGUGUGUCCAGGCCAAGAGCUGGGGCCUGCCUUCCUGUGCAUCUGAUGGAAUCGGGCCCUCUCACUUCCACUGCUCAGGGCUAUCUCUUCUUCCUGGGCUGUCUUCUGGUAGCUGCCAGAGAGGCCUGGGUGGGGCAGAGGUUGGGAGGGGACUUGGUCUUUCACCUACUACCUGGUUCACUCCUCAGGCCCGCCCAGACCCUGGAGGCUAGAUUACACGGGUUACAUGAACUCGCUGUGUAUUAAUGAGCAAAGCACAACCCUUCCCUGGGCCUCAUUUGCAAGAGUUGGGCCCACAGUCCCAAAGCGUGUUGGUGGGCGGGUUGCAGUCUCCUCUUGGGGCACCCUUAGGAGGGGUGAGUGGUUCUACCCCGUCCCUGCCCUCUCUGACCCCGGGAGGGGUAUGUGCACCCCAGAUCCUCACCCAACCUCAGGCUGCACGGGGUGUUGAGCCACCCGACUGUGGGGAGCCAGAGGCCAGCCCUCCCCGCCACCCACCGGCCUGAUCUCAGGGUCUGGCAGUGGUCUCUGAUCUCCCUCUGCCAGAAGCUCUCUCUCCCUCCCCGCUCCAGGAUCGUGGCCCCACUUCGUGUGAGGCUGACUGCAGGUUUCUGAGUGGCCGCCGAAGGCAGAGUUCUCAGGCACUUGCACUGUUCCCUGAGCCGCUCACUAGGGGUGGGCACGUCGUGAGGCUCUUCAGACAGCCUUGUCUCAGCCUCAGUCUCUGCCUGCCGCCAGCAGGCCUGCUCCCAGGAAAGGGGCCCUCGUUCCCCAUGGGACGCCCCCCCGCCGCCUCCCCCGAGGCACUGGGGCCCGGUCUCCUCCCACGGCUGCAGGCCCACGGCCUAAUUUCCCAGCAGUGCCGGCCUGCGUGUGCGCAGGGGUGUCGGGGGCCUGCCUCGCCUCCCCCGGCCCCGCCUCCUCUCCUGUGCUCUCAGGGAGCCCUGUGCCUCAGGGCCUCCUUUCACCCUUCAUGCAGUGGUCCCCCAGCCCCCGUCAGUCCCCGUCUGCUGGCAGCAUCAGGGGUGAGAAGUGUGACUAAAGGCGGUGUGGAGCCCAGCCUGACUGGCGGCUGCUGCUUCCUACUUGGGGAGUGAAUCUGGGAGGCAGGAGGAGGGCGGUCCCUGGAGCAGGGGAGGGAGUGGCUGGUCUGGGGCCCAGGCAGGAGCCCUGGGCUGACCCCAAGGGCCCACUCAACCCCGUGUGGCUGAGAGCAGGUGCUGCCACUGUCCCCUGGCCCUCCGUGCCACUUAGUAGGAUCCUGCAGUUGGGGGUCACCAGCAAGAAGGGCCUCCUCUAGGUCCCAGCUCGCUUCAGAGGAGUCUGGGGGGGGUCACAGGGGUGGGGACCAGCAUAGGGCAUCUCCAGACCUGCCCCUCAAAGAUGUCCCCCUGAGCCUCCCAGCUGUGCUGCAGCCCGUUCCAGAGGCUGACGCAGAGAGGCUGCCCUGUGGGGGAAGGUGGCAAGCCUGGUUUGUGGGAGGUUGGCACGUAGCCUUGGGCAAGCUGUUUAAUCCCCCGGGUCCUCAGCUCUUGAUCUUUGAGGGUCUCAGCCUCACCACACAGCCACCAGCGGCUUUGUGGGCUACUGUUACUAGAAAACACAGGGGAGGGCCACGCUGAACAGGAGCCGCAUCAUUGUAGGCCAUGUUGUGAUGAGAAAAACACCUUCUGAGGAAAGCAGCUUUGUUUUUCAGGCUUGCUGCUGAGGCAUGUUACAGUACGGUAACCCUCCUCACACCCGGAGUGUGGACAUAAAGACUGGAGUUUAGGAUUCCCACUUUGCUUUUCCCAGGCACCUUUUAAAAUAACCACUCAGCGUUUAAACCCAUAAAAAGCUGGUGACCUCUGCCCCUACCACUGUAUGAUAGGUGCUUGGUACCCUGCUCUCUUCUCCCUCAGGACCUGGGACGGGGGAUGGUCCUUCCCCUGGCUCAUUGCGCCCCCUGGCCUCUGGGAUCUGAAAUAAUAAAUCUUGUGGCUCUGCUU